AUGGGAGAUUUGGAGAAAGGCAAGGAAAUUCACAGAGAUGCCAUGAUGGCUGGCAUGGAUGAUCAUACAUAUGUAUGCAAUUGGCUUAGAGCCAUGUAUGCAAGGUGUGGGGGCCUAACAGAUGCUCGUCAAGUCUUUGAUGAAAUGCCUGAAAGAGAUGUUAUUAGUUGGAACUCCAUGAUUGCAGGGUAUAGCCAAAAUGACCGCCCGAAAGAGGCAUUGGAGCUCUUUCAUGGCAUGUUACUUGGAUUUAGAGUGGGGCUUGAUGGGGUAACCUUAGUGGCCAUUCUCCCUUCUUUGAGCCAAUUAUCAGCCUUAGGAGUUUACGGUGUGUAUGGGCUUGUGUCCGAUGCAUUAGAGACACUCUCUCUCAUGCUUAAGGCCAACAUAAGCCCCAACGCUAUUACUUUUGUUUAUGUGUUGUUGGCCUGUGCGCAUGUAGGCCUGGUCGACGUGGCUCGACAGUGGUUUCAGGCCAUGCGUGAUGACCACUCGCUCGAGCCAUCGGGGGAGCACUAUGCGUGCAUGGUCGAUGCAUUGGGGCGUGCUGGCUUGCUUGAUGAGGCGAUGACUCUCAUCAAUAGCAUGCCCUUUGAGCCGGGGGCCGAUGUUUGGGGCUCAUUGCUUGGUGCUUGUCGUAUACACAAAGACGUAAGCCUCGCAGAGAGAGCGGCAGAGCGUGUUUUCAUGCUUGACCCAUUGAAUGAAGGCUGA